AUGAGGAAUCUUUCAGUUUUAUCAUCAUUUAAUGAAUCAUGUUCUAAUAAUUUCUCUUGUACUAAUCCAUUGAUAUGUUCAAAUACAAAUAAAUGUAUAUGUCCGAAAUCAUCAACAUUUUGGAAUAAUGAACAAAAUGAUUGUCUUUCUUGUCUAUCGGGUUGGAUUCAAUGGAAAACUAAUCGCUGUCUUUCAUUUGCUGUACCAUCUGAAGGUGGUCUUUCAUAUGAUCAAGCAAAUCAUAUUUGCCAUACAUUUUCUGCACAAAUUUUUCAUAUAUACAAUAUAGAUGAAUUUAAACAAUUUCAAUUAAUAGUAAAUAUAUUACUUCAUAGUACAUUUUCAAGUGCUAUAACAAUAUAUUUUCGACUUGGUGCAUGGAUAAAUAGAUUAAAUAUAAAAGAAUUAGAAGAUGUUUUAUGUGAUGAAAAUGAAAAUAAUUCUAAUUUCGAAUGUGUAUUUAUAAAAAGAAACAAUUUAAAAAAUGGUACAUUAUGUUUAAGUCGAUUAGAAUGUAAUGAAAGUAUGCUAUUUAUAUGUGAUAUGGCAGCUAUGUCGGAAAAUUAUACAAUAGAUAAUGAAACUUCUAUAUUUUCAAAUCGAGCAAUAGCAUCAAUUAUUGGAGCAGUUGCACCAUUUGCUGUUGAUUUACUUGGUAAUUUACUUAAUGGAAAUAAACAGCCAUCAGCAGAGCUACAACCAAUUCAACCAUUACCUCCGCAACAAAUUAUCAUUCAGCAAGAACCUCCACCAUCGCCACAAAUUGCUUCGCAAGAAAAGCCAUCAUCGAAUAAUACAUUGCUCUAUGUUUUAUUGGGUAUUGGUGGUUUUGUACUUCUUCUGGUUAUGUUUGGUAUUAUCAUCGCAAUAAUUUUCUUUACAGGAUGUAUGCAAAAUUUAUCAGCUACUCAACAAACUAACUAUCGAUCAAGUAUUGAAAGUAGUUAUAAUUAUUGA